AUGUCAUCUUCAUCUUCACCUAAUCAAUCGUCGCGACCUACUACUUUACCUUUAAUACCUCAACAACCACAUUGGACAAAACCACCACCAUCACCACCUUCACUUACUCCAUUAACGACAACUUCGUUCUCUAGAUCAUCUAUUGGUGACGCUUCAAUAGCACUGUCAUCUCUCUCAAUAUCGAUUAAUAAUCAGCAACCUAUCGUACCAUUACCUACACCUUCACCUGGUAUAUCGCAAAUUACCAACGCCAACACAAAUACGAAUACGAAUCCAACUCAGAAUGGAUUGAGCCCACCUACACCAGCUCCAAGUCCCAGUCCCAGUCCGAGAGAUAAGAGGACAUUCAGGCAUAGUCAUAAUAAUGAUAAUGACGAUGACGAUAACGAUAACUCGGAUGAAGAGUUGAUGGAUCGUAUAUGGAAAGGGAAGAAUAGACAACACGUUAUUUCAGAUCCACAAGAUCUUAUAUAUCGAUUUACAUCACUUUCACCCUCUCAACGAUUCUCGUUUCUCACUUCCCUAGUAGGAGAAUUGAGACUGAAUGAAGCUUUGGUCGUAUCAAGGAAAAUUGAACCCUUGCUACGAAGAGAUUUCUUGAGAGAAUUGCCUGCAGAAUUAGCAUUACAUUGUUUGAGCUUUGUUGAUGAACCAAAAACUCUAGCUCGAGCUGCACAAGUCUCUCAUUAUUGGAAUCAACUAUUACAAGAUGAACAAACUUGGAAAGAUUUGUUUGAUAGACAUGAUUUCCCAACACCAACUUCAUUCAUACAUAGACCAAUAGGACUCAGAAGUAGAAGUGCAACUCAAUCUUUCGCAAAUGCAAAUACCAAUAAUCCCUUCUCUGUCGUCAACGGUAGCAUAAACGUUGGCACAAACACAAGGACUAGCAAUAGUCAACAAAGUUGUAUCAAUAGAGCAACACCUUUCGGGUUAGAACGAAGAGUAUUAACUUUGGCUAGUUCUAGAUUAAGGGAUAAAGAGGAUGGUACCUUUAAAGGUAGAUUCAAGAAUGCUUAUCUGACUGAGUCAAACUGGUUAUCCGGUGGUCGAAUAUUAGCAAAUCACGUAUCUGCCGAUGAUGCAGUAGUAACCACAUUGUGUUUCGAUGAUUCUCAUAUAGUAGUCGGAAUGGCCAAUAACAAAAUUCACGUGUUUGACGCUAUCACCGGAACGUUUUUACGUUCUUUAUUGGGUCACAGACAAGGUGUUUGGGCAAUGGUAUUAGUUUCUGCGAAUCGAGCGGGAACAGGAACAGGGACAGGAUCAGCCUUUGAUGUCGAUGACGAUGUCAACGACGAUGAUGCAUCUGAAGAUAGUUUCGAAGACAGAAUUGAUCCAAAUUCAAGAAGGUUUGGUCAAAAUCAAGGACAUUCCGAAAAUUUCUGGAACGGACAUGGAAGAGCAUCGGAUUCAUAUAGAGAUAAUGGUCAAUCCAGAAGAUCAUCUUUCGCAGGUGGAACAACAACUGAAAGACAUCCACCUUUGGGUUCAUCUUCAUCCCAUCAUAACAAUAACAGUAACGGUAACGGUAACGGUGAUCAUCAUGAUUAUCCAGGAUUUGGUCAAAACCUUAAUUCAUCUUCACCCGGUGGUAUAUUUCCUCAAUCACAAAUCAAUCAACCUGCUAGACCAAAUACUGCGAUGGGAUUCACACCUUUACCCAAUGGAUUAUUAGGUUUGGGCAUAGGUAAUUCUAAUUCUAGAGGAGACAAUCUACCAUUUUCAGCUUCGGCUACAUCUAUCAAUAUACCUGCUUUAGGUGAAUCGGCUUCAUCGUCAACACCACAAGAUGACGAAGAAAUGAAAAACAAGAAGAUGAGGUCAAGUGAUCCAUGCGGAUGUGCAAGAGGAUGGAAAGGUAACAGAAACAAUUUAGUUGUUUCAGCAGGAUGUGACAAAGAAGUCAAGGUAUGGAAUUUAGAUACUGGUGAAUUACUCCAUUCGAUGAGAGGUCACACGUCAACAAUAAGAUGUUUGAAAGUAUUAGAUAAACGGCCAGUGGCAAUAUCAGGCUCAAGAGAUCAUACACUACGAGUAUGGGAUAUCGAAAACGGUCACUUGCUACAUGUAUUGGCAGGUCAUGAAGAAUCUGUCAGAUGUGUGGAAAUAGCUGGAAAUAUGGCCGUUUCAGGUUCAUAUGAUUAUACUGCAAGAUUAUGGAAUCUUGAUACAGGUGAAUGUGCACAUGUAUUAAGAGGCCAUUAUCAUCAGAUUUAUUCUGUUGCUUUUGAUGGUCAAAUGGUUGUUACUGGUAGUUUGGAUAGUACGAUCAGGGUUUGGAGUGCCGCUACUGGCGACUGCCUAGCACUUCUUCAAGGUCAUACAGCACUUGUUGGUCAACUUCAAUUAUCUUCAUCUCGAUUAAUCACCGGUGGAUCAGAUGGACGAGUUAUCAUAUUUGACCUUUCGACUCUAACUACGUCACAUCGAUUAUGCGCUCAUGACAAUUCAGUCACAUGCCUUCAAUUCGAUGAUCGAUUCAUAGUCUCAGGCGGGAAUGACGGUCGAGUGAAACUUUGGGAUGUUAAAUCAGGUAGAUUCGUAAGAGAAUUGACAAGACCUUGUGACGCUGUCUGGAGAGUUGGUUUCAGAUCCGAUAGAGUCGUCUUGCUAUGUCAAAGAGAAGGUAGAACCUGCUUGGAAGUCAUUAGUUUCAGACCUGGUGAAGGUGAAAGAAGGGCUAGAUCAUAG